UUCACAUCUGUCUCUUGCUCAGCUCACUUUUUCACCCCAGGAUUCGUCAGCAGCGACAGCCAACAUCGCCCAUCCAUUAUAGCAUAUCCCGACUCACGGCAGAGUCGCCAGCCAUCACUGGAUCGCCUUCGCACAUCUCCGAACCUAACUCCUCUUCGGUCGCCGCAUUCAAAUUUAGACGGACGGGCGCACAUCGACCCUGCUGAAUUAAUAAUCAAAAGUCUUCGAGUCGCUUUCUAGCCUCUCAAUAAUCACCCCCGCCUGCAACUGCAGAGUAUUAAUACUCUGAGUCGUCUCUUCAUAAAAACAACAACAGAACGCCCCUCUCCUUGCAAUCAAACAACAUGUCGCGAGACCCCCUCGCUCUUGGUCAAGAGAUCGGCUCCCCUUCCUCCCUCUCGAGCGCUCUUCCUACGCAACAUACAAACCUCUCCCAUAGUCAAGCUACCAACACUUCCACUCUCCAGACAGAUUCCACACCAAACACUGUCCCCAACCCUAUUACUUCGCGUAUACCUGCCAAUCUGCCCCAUGAUCAAGUGACCUCUGGCGACUUUGCGCCUUCUUCUCAAAACGCCAGAGCCGGCGGAUCGGACCAUGACGAAAGCCCCACGCCUACUUUGGCAGGGCCCAACAGCGGUCAUGGCACUCAUGGGUAUGAUCCGGUGAAGAACGAUGACCAAUACGGCUCGGUAGGCGGAAAGGCGGGGGCCGGGGUGGCGGGUCUUGGUGCUGCUGAAGUGGGUACCGACUAUGAGAAGACGAAGGAAAUAGACGAGAAGGGCGAGAACCCUGCGCCUCUCGCCCGUGACCAUCGGACUGCUUCUGGUACUGCCCACGCCCAACCCGCGCCGACGACCUCGGAUGCAAAAACGGUGGAGGGCUUGGGUAUGGUUUCGCUUUCAAGACAAUUCUCAACGCCGCCGGCUGUCAGCCCGUUUGGGGGUGUGGCUCCGUCUGGUAUAGAUGCAGAGAGAGGGUUAAGGGCCAUGAGGAGCAGAGAAGAAGAGGAGGCGCGGGAUUUGGAGAGGGAAACCAAAGGACCUGAUCCUUUUGCUGUUCAAUUCGAGCCGGGAGAGGAUAUCAAUCCCAAGAACUGGGGCGUUGGCUAUAGAUGGUGGCUCACAUGCCUCUCUGGUCUCCUCGUCCUCAACUCUACCUUUGCUUCCUCUUCUCCCUCUGGUAUCAUCAAAGACAUGAUGGCGUAUUUUGGCUUCUCUCAAGAGGUAGCUAUCCUUACCCUCUCCCUUUUCGUCGCUGGGUACUGCGUCGGCCCAAUCGUUUGGGGGCCUCUUUCCGAGACUUACGGCCGCCGGCCCGUCUUCAUCGCCACAUUUAUCGUUUACACGGGCUUUCAAGUGGGGUGUGCGUUAUCCAAGAACACGGCGUCCAUCUUGAUUUUUAGAUUUCUCGGGGGAACUUUUGCGGCUGCCCCUUUGACGAAUUCGGGGGCAAUGUUGGCUGAUAUUUGGGACGGCGAUCACCGAGGAAAGGCUAUGAGCUGCUUUGCUCUCGCGCCAUUUGCCGGUCCUUCUGUGGGACCUAUCGUUUCUGGAUUCAUCCAAGUAACCGGGACCAGCUGGAGAUGGAUGUUCUGGAUCCUUACUAUCUUUGCCGGUGUCUGUCUUGCAGUCAUCGUCUUCUUCGUCCCAGAGACGUACUCGCCCAAGAUCCUCGCCAAGAAAGCUGCUAGGUUGAGGAAAGAAACUGGUGACGACAGGUACUACGCGCCUCUGGAGAGGGCAGAUGCGAGCUUCAAGGCCCGCGUGCACGAUAUCCUCUUCAAGCCGUUCAUCAUCCUCGCACUCGAGCCCAUGCUUCAGGCGGUAACGAUGUACAUGAGUUUCGUGUACGGAGUCGUCUACCUUUUGUUCGAGGCCUUCCCCUUUGUGUUUGAGCAGAACCAUGGGUUCAAUGCCGGUGAAGAAGGUCUUGCCUUCCUCGGUUUCUUCAGCGGCGGUUGUGCUGCUGUCAUCUUCUUUGUAACAGUUAUCGAACCCCGUUUUCUGCGCCACGCCAAAGCCGUAGCUCCCGAAGCUCCCCGGCCCGAGAUGCGUCUCGAGCUCUGUGUCAUCUCUGGCAUCUCUCUCGUCAUCGCGCUCUUCUGGUUCGGCUGGACUUCAUACUCGUCUAUUCACUGGAUAAGUCCAGUACUUGCUGGGGCUUUUAUCGGCGUCGGUACUUUGGGAAUGUUUGUCAGUUUGUUCAACUAUAUCAUCGAUGUCUAUCUUUGGUCUGCGGCUUCGGCAUUGGCUGCUGCUACUGUCAUUCGAUCUCUGUUCGGUGCCGCUUUCCCUCUUUUCGCCACUCAGAUGUACGAUAAACUAGGCACUCAAUGGGCCUCAUCUCUACUUGGAUUCCUCGCCCUCCUGAUGGCCCCCAUCCCCAUCAUCUUGAUGAAGUACGGCCAUCACUUGCGCGCGAAGUCCAAGUUCUCGCCCAGUCGUUAAUAGACGUGCAUCGUUGGCGUAUAGGAUAUCACUUCCCGGUGAGAGGGGUGUUAGAAAAGACAUUGAUAGAGAAGAAACGGACUUUUUGAUAAAUGUCAUAACGUAUAAUGAUAUCAGAAACCCCAAUAGCAUGUCAUGUAUGUGUGUUUCAGAC